UCAAUCAUUCUGUGAAUAUCAGGCAACAAGAAGACAAUAGUCCAGAAGAAAAUAUCUCUAGUUUCAAUUCAAUCACUUAUGGCAUCAGUUCAAUGUAGCAAGCCCACUCAGCAAAACAAUCAUGUUCAAUCCUCCACCGUGUGCAACAAGACCUGCACACCAACUAGCCAAAAGGCUGUUGGCAACAAGACCAGCACUCCGACUAGCCAAAAAGCUGUGGGCAACAAGACUAGCACCCCAACAAGCCAAAAGGCAAAUAAUGAGCGCCACUCUUUCACUGACAAAAUGAAAGAAAUGGCACACAAAAUGUUUCACCAUGAACAUCAAACUCAAAAUGGUCAGAAGGCACACACCCAGCAACUACAUCAGUCUGUCUGCCAUGAAUCCUGUGCAACUCAUGGCACUCAUGCUAACCAUUCCCAGCAUUCUUCAUACCAUGGUUCGACUCAUACUACAACUAAUGGAAGGAAAAAGAUGGAAGGGCAUUGCAUGCCUACGAUGCAAAUGAGGAAGAACAAAGAAGAAAAAUACAAGUUCAGCGACAGCAGCAGCAGCAGUGAUGACAGUGAUAAUGAAAAAUGUGGACGGAAGAAGAACUAAGAGAAGAGCCCGUGAAAGAUCACAUACAAGGAGUGCAAAGAUGAAAGCAACUUGAAUCCUUUAAUAAGACAGAUGCUAAAGUACCUUAACAUUUCAUCAACAUUUCUUAUACCUGAAUGGAUGAAUGAUGUGCCUGUCAAUAAAUGCUUAUCACUUUGAUUAUGCAAUGAAAAUGUUCAAUGUUGAAUUUAAGUGA